AUGUGGCUGCGCAGUGGGGGCAGGGACAUACGAAGGGAGCUAGUGAGUAAGGUGGGGGCAUGGGCGUGUAUGUCAGUAACACCAGCAGCAGCGGGAGCAGAGGAGCAGGACGAGCAGGCGGGGGCAGGAGCGUGCGUACCAGCAGCAGCAGGAGCGAAGGAGCGGGAUGAGCAGGUGGGGGCAGAAGUGUGCGUACCAGCAGCAGCAGGAGCGAAGGAGCGGGAUGAGCAGGUGGGGGCAGAAGCGUGCGUACCAGCAGCAGCAGGAGCGAAGGAGCGGGAUGAGCAGGUGGGGGCAGAAGCGUGCGUACCAGCAGCAGCAGGAGCGAAGGAUCGGGAUGAGCAGGUGGGGGCAGAAGCGUGCGUACCAGCAGCAGCAGGAACGAAGGAGCGGGAUGAGCAGGUGGGGGCAGAAGCGUGCGUACCAGCAGCAGCAGGAGCGAAGGAGCGGGAUGAGCAGGUGGGGGCAGAAGCGUGCGUACCAGCAGCAGCAGGAGCGAAGGAGCGGGAUGAGCAGGUGGGGGCAGAAGCGUGCGUACCAGCAGCAGCAGGAGCGAAGGAGCGGGAUGAGCAGGUGGGGGCAGAAGCGUGCGUACCAGCAGCAGCAGGAGCGAAGGAGCGGGAUGAGCAGGUGGGGGCAGAAGCGUGCGUGCCAGCGGCAGCGGGAGCGGAGGAGCGGGACGAGCAGGUGGGGGCAGAAGCGUGUGCAUUAGCAGCGGCGGAAGAGGGAGGGAAGAACGAGAAGGUGGGGGCAUGGUCGGGUGUACCAGUGGCAGCAGAAGCGGAAGGGAGGGAAGGGAAGGUGGGAGCACAGGCGGGCAUGACAGCAGUAGCGGAAGCGGAAAGCGGGGCAGUGAAGGUGGGGGCACAGGCGUGCAUGACAUCAGUAGCGGAAGUGGAAAGCGGGGCAGUGAAGGUGGGGGCACAGGCGGGCAUGACAGCAGUAGAGGAAGCGGAAAGCGGGGUAGUGAAGGUGGGGGCACAGGCGGGCAUGACAGCAGUAGCGGAAGCGGAAAGCGGGGCAGUGAAGGUGGGGACACAGGCGUGCAUGACAGCAGUAGCGGAAGCGGAAAGCGGGGCAGUGAAGGCGUGUGCAGUAGCAGCAGCAGAAGAGGAAGGGAAAGAAGCGAGGUUGGGGGCACAGGCGUGUGCAGUAGCAGCAGCAGAAGAGGAAGGGAAAGACGAGAAGUUGGGGGGCACAGGCGUGUGUAGUAGCAGCAGCAGAAGAGGAAGGGAAGGAGAGAAGUUGGGGCACAGGCGUGUGCAGCGGCAGCAGCAGAAGAGGAAAGGAAGGAAGAGACGUUGGGGACACAGGCGUGUGCAGCAGCAGCAGCAGAAAAGGAAGGGAAAGAAGAGAAUUUGGAGACACAGGCGUGUGGAGCAGCAGCAGAAGAAGAGGAAGGGAAGGAAGAGAAAGUAG